AUGAUUCAACCUGCAGAUUUGUCUAUUAAUAGAAAUAAUUUACUUAUUAUUAGCUCAUAUGAAGAUAAAAGCUUGACUUUAUCUAGUUAUAAUAAUACAAAUUCAACUAAUAUUCAAAAAAUUGAUGAUAUUUCUUUUGCAAUAAGCAAUGCAUCAAAAGAA